GUCAUUUCGACGCUGUACUUCUCCUCUCUUCAACGUCUGUCCUCGCUGUCAACUCGUCUCACCAUCCUUCAUCGAUUCUGUCCCUUGCGCGAUGAUGCGAAAGCCUGUCCGCUACCAUGUCCGACACAUACCCUUAUAACAGUCAAUUGGACGCCUUCGAGCUCUACCACAAAGUCAAAGAGGACUCGCAGCGCCCUCGAUCCUCUUCCCCUAACGCCGCCCUCCUUGAAGCCCUAGGGCAUGCGAUUUCUGGCUCCAUCGGCGCCUCCAUAUCCAAUGCGGCUCUCUAUCCCAUCGACCUGAUCAUAACACGCCUCCAGAUCCAACGCCAACUACGUGGUAAAGAUCAAUCUCACCCUUCCGACACCGAGUACAAAUCCUUCACCGAUGCUGUUCAAAAGAUCUACACCAAGGAAGGCGGUAUCGCCGGACUCUUUACUGGCCUCGCACAAGACACCGCCAAAACCAUCGCCGACUCCUUCAUCUUCUUCCUGCUGUACAGCUAUUUCCGCAACCGCAGACUCGCGACUCACGCAAGCGCUCAUUCUCUGCCUGCUCUCGAAGAACUAUCCGUAGGCUUCCUCGCCGGCAGUCUGACCAAACUCGCAACAACACCCAUUGCGAAUGUCGUGACCCGUAAACAAGCCGCCGCACUUCUUGCUUCGAAAGAUGUAGAUACGAACAGCAAUCCAAAAGGAGAGUUCAGGGUCCCCAAUACCAAUCAAAUCAUCCAGGACAUCCUCUCAGAAAGAGGCUUGCCGGGCUUCUGGUCCGGCUACUCAGCCAGUCUGGUUUUGACACUGAACCCGAGCAUCACAUUCUUCCUCUUUGAAACGCUGAAAAGGGUCCUUCUCCCCCGUCACCGGCGUGCCCAUCCACCACCAUCCCUGACAUUCCUCCUCUCCGCAAUCUCCAAAGCGACCGCAAGUAGCAUCACAUACCCAUUCAGCCUGGCCAAGGCGCGCUUACAAGCCGGAGGCGCCAAAUCAUCAUCACCGUCGUCACGAUCAUCCGACGACGACGCCGAGACCGAAAGGAAGGUUGUCGACGACGACAUCCCAAGCAAACAAGGCCGCCGCGCCGCCCGGGCGACCAUUUUCAGCACAGUGCUCGCCAUCGCGCAAACCGAGGGCCUAACUUCACUGUACGAAGGCUUACAUCUCGAGAUUCUACGCGCCUUCUUCUCGCACGGCCUCACGAUGCUGGUAAAGCAGGCCAUCCAGCGAUUCUUGGUGCGAGCGUACUACAUCACCUCCAUCAUCGUCGGCCGGUAUCAGCGGAAGACGAAGAGAGGCGCGAACAGACUGUCCGCCAAGGCCAGAGCGAGUGUCGAAUAUUACAAUCUCGCCAUGGCCAGGGCGGGUGAGAGGGUCGAGGAGGCCUCGCAUGCCGUUCAACAAAGAGCGAAUGAGACGGCCGAGUUUGUGGCCGAGUAUGUCGAGGAAGAAGGCGGGGAAUGGAGAAAUCUUUAUGGCACGGCUGGCCUGGCGCGCUGGUUGGAUAAGGAUCGUCAUAUGUGAGAAGGGGCGUACAGUUGCGUUGGUGUGUAAUUUCAUGUGAGAAACGGGGAGCAUGGACGUCGUGAUCACCUACAGUUAUGUCCCUCAACAUCCGAAGGGGAAUGGUCAAGCGUUUGGAGUGGAUGCGAGGACGAAUGGCUUCAACAUACGGAGUUUCUACAUUGUUAAUUCAUGGGUGCGAAAGACACAUGCUCGAACCUGUUGCUCACCGCGGCCGAGAACAUGUUUUGCGAGGGGCUGCAGCACAAGACAGAUCGGUUCGAGUUAAAAACCUCUAGCAAAGCAUUGAUACUUGGAGAUGAAAAGGACUUCUUAAUCGACAUCUUCCGCAGAACCAACCAUGGCACACGAUUGACGCGCGAUUGUAUUGAAGUCCAUGGGACAUUCCAAAUCCACCGCAAGUGCUUGUAUAGUUGCCAUUGUAGAGGAUUUACAAUCUCAUUGUCCCGGAGGUCUUUACGGC